CUGCAUCUUUUCAAAUUUUUGACCUGGAGGCUAAACUUCCGUUCUGUAUUCCUUUUUUCUUACCCAACUCUUUCUAUUCUAAUGGAGUUAAGUUGCAAAACAAUUCUAUGUUUUUCAGUUUUUCAUUAUCACCAUCAUCACCAUUAAGUUCCAACAUGUCAGAGAAGAAGAAGAAGAAUAUGCGUGGAAGGAGCACUGUUGCGGCGAGCAAAAAGUUACAACCUUUUGUGGAAAUGGAAGACAUAGAGGACGCUAUAUCCUUCUCCAAAGACGAGACUCACAAACUGAGAGUGUCCCUUUUAAACUGGUACGACCUCAAUCGCAGGGACCUUCCUUGGAGAUCACAUCAACGUGAAGAUGAAGAAAAACAAGAAGAAGAAGAAGAAGUGGAAAGAAGAGCUUAUGGGGUGUGGGUCUCGGAGGUUAUGCUGCAGCAAACAAGGGUUCAGACUGUUAUUGCAUAUUACAAUCGUUGGAUGCAAAAGUGGCCCACCAUUUACCAUCUUGCACAAGCUUCUCUCGAGGAAGUAAAUGAGAUGUGGGCAGGUUUGGGCUACUACCGAAGAGCUCGUUUUCUUUUAGAGGGGGCAAAGAAAGUAGUUGCAGAAGGUGGCAAAAUUCCUAAAGUGGCUUCUAUGCUACGAAAGAUUCCUGGAAUUGGAGACUACACAUCUGGAGCAAUUGCUUCUAUUGCAUUUAAAGAGGUGGUACCUGUUGUUGAUGGAAAUGUGGUGAGGGUGAUUGCUAGACUAAGGGCUAUUUCUGCGAAUCCAAAAGACUCCGCGACUAUUAAGAGAUUUUGGAAAUUAGCAGCUCAGUUGGUUGAUCCUGUUCGUCCUGGGGACUUCAAUCAGGCUCUCAUGGAACUCGGGGCAACUGUAUGCACCCCUUUGAAUCCAAGCUGUUCUUCAUGUCCAGCAUCAGAAUUUUGUCAAGCACUAUCAAAUACUAAACAUGAUAGUGCAGUAGCAGUUACAGAUUAUCCUGUUAAGGGUCUAAAGAUUAAACAAAGAUGUGAUUUCUCUGCUGUAUGUGUUGUUGAAUUACUUGGAGCUGAAUCAUUAUUAGACAAAAACAAGUCUAUUAGCAAGUUUAUUCUUGUCAAAAGGCCUGAAGAAGGGUUGCUCGCUGGUCUCUGGGAAUUUCCAUCUGUCUUAUUGGAUGGAGAAACAGUUCCAUCGACUAGAAGAGAAGCAAUGAAUCGCUUCUUGAAAGCAAAUUUCAAAAUUGAUGUCAGAAACACUUGCAAUAUAGUUUUGAGGGAAGAUAUUGGGGAAUUUGUUCACAUUUUCAGCCACAUUCGCCUCAAGUUGUAUGUUGAAUUGCUAGUGUUACAAUCUAAAGGUGAAGAUGAUUUGUUCAAAAGCUCUGAUAAUAAACCAACUUGGAAGUGCGUUUGCAGCAAUGAACUUUCUGGUAUGGGACUGACAACAAGUGUAAGAAAGGUGUACAACAUGGUUCAAAACUUCAAGCAGAAAGCUCUUCCUUCUAAAUAUGUGCCAACCAGAAAGAGAACUAGAACUGCACAAAGAAGCUAGCCUCGUGGAUCAGUUUUCCCUCAUUCUGCUCAUUAAUUAAUUACAUAUUUUUAACUGUGUAAUACUUUUAUUGCAUUUAUUCUUAUUUGACUGCAUUGUUAAUUGUUCAAGGUAUUUUUACCUUUCUUUAUAUGUAUUGUAAUAUGUGAUAUCUAUAUCUAUGGUUUUCACUCUUGAGUAUC